CGGUUUUGGAACGGCCUCUCUGCCUCUGGUUGGGCCCGUUGGGUAGGAGCGCCCGGGGAAGGCGGCGAGUGGGGGAGAGGCCGUUAUCCGCCGCUCGCCCCGUGGGUAGGCUGAGCCGUGCGCGGAGCGUGUGCCGGAGCGCUCGGGGUGUGUGCACCGGAAAAUGGCAGGAAAGAAGAAAGAAGUUCAACUACAGGCAGUACUAACCAGUCAAAGUCAAUGGGAUGAAAUGUUGCUGACUAAAGGUGUAACAGUAAUAGACGUUUAUCAGGCGUGGUGUGGGCCUUGCAAAGCUGUGGUAAAUUUAUUCAGAAAACUAAAAAAUGAUCAUGGUGAAGAUGACCUUUUGCAUUUUGCUGUGGCAGAGGCUGACAGCAUUGUGACCCUGCAGACAUUUAGAGACAAAUGUGAACCGGUUUUUCUCUUUUGUGUUGAUGGCAAAAUUAUAGCACUAGUGCGAGGCACAAAUGCACCACUUCUCAGUAAGACAGUAAUAGAGCUAGUAGAAGAAGAGAGGAAAAUUUUAGCCGGGGAAAUAGAACGCCCUCAGGUACAAGAGCUUGUGUUUUUAGAAGAGAAAGCAUCAGAAGAUUAUAUUGAAGAAACCCAACUUGAAGAAGGAGUCAUAUACACUGUUGCAAUUAUAAAACCUGAUGCCAUUGCAGAUGGAAGAGUAGAAGAAAUUAAACAAAAGAUUACAGAAGCGGGCUUUGGCAUUGCGGCAGAAGAGGAGAAGACAUUAACUGAAGAGCAAGUUAGAAAUUUCUACAGUCGCAAUAUAGAACAGCCUGAUUUUGAAGAUUUUGUGACAAUCAUGACUGGUGGACCAUCCCAUAUUCUGAUAGUUUCUAAACCAAAGGAGGUAACUGUUGCUGUUCCACAAUGGAAAGAACUGGGUAAAUCAGAUGAGCAUAUAUCUGCAGAGCCUCAGCCUGAAAAGCCAAACAGCUUGCAAGAAGUUUUGGAAUCCGAGAAUAUGUUAAAUUUAUGUGAUGUGGAAGACAGUGUAGAAGAUGCUAGCAGGCAACUUGCCUUCUUUUUCCCAGAUUUUGGUAAAAAGAAGACUGGCCAAAAUCUUGAAAAAACAUUGGCCUUAAUUAGACCUUCUCUAUUAAAGGAAAGAAAAAAUUCUAUUCUGAAAAGGAUUAAGGAUGAUGGCUUUACAAUAGCAAUGCAAAGGGAAAUAGUUCUGACAGAAGAACAAGCACAUCAGUUUUACAAGGAACAUGAAAAUGAAGAUUUUUUCCCAACCCUUCUAGAACACAUGACAAGUGGUCCAACCCUUGCACUUGGUUUAAUACGAGAAAAUGCUGUACAACGCUGGAGAGAUUUAUUAGGCCCAAAGAGUCUUGAAGAGGCUAAGGAGAAAAGUCCAGCCAGUUUACGUUCAGAGUAUGCAGUAGAGAGUGUACCUCUCAAUCAGCUGCAUGGCAGUGCAUCACCUGGUGAAGCUAAGAAGGAACUAGAGUUCUUCUUCCCUGUGGAACACACUUUGGCAGUUAUCAAACCCACGGCUGUUAAGGAACAUAAAGAUGACAUUUUGCAGAAGGUUACAAAUGCUGGCUUUAUUGUAUCACAGAUGAAAGAAACAAAUUUCACCCAUGAAAUGGCAACACAGUUUUAUAAGACUCAUGAAGGAAAACCCUUUUUUGACCAGUUAGUGAAUUACAUGUCUGAGGGUCCAUCAAUGAUAAUGAUCCUAACUAAAGAAAAUGCUGUGGAGGAGUGGAGGCAAUUAAUGGGUCCAACAGAUCCAGACGAGGCAAAAAAGUCUUCUCCUGAUUCACUUAGAGCUCAAUUUGCACAAGAUAUUUUGCGUAAUGCAGUUCAUGGCUCAUCUAAUAAGGAGCAUGCACUGAAGAGCAUUGAAUAUGUUUUUGGAGAGAUUGAUCUGAAUAGUCUAAGCCACAACUAAAAUCUAUCUGUAACAGUUAAAACGUAAGUCGCUAAAUGGUUAUACAUCUAUCUGUCCACCUGUGUUUUAUGUUAUAUAUAAAAAGCAGUGAUAAAAUAAACUUUUUCUCCCUAAUGAAAUAUUUUGUUACCAAUUAGUUACCAAGUAGUAACACUACUGUAGAAUGUACCAAUUAAUUUACUAACGUGUACUAGAU